AUGAGUUGCCUCCGUGCUUGCUUCAGAGACAGAGGUCCUCAGCCAGAGACAGAAGCUAUGAAAACGCAAAGCCCUGGUCAGGAGCAUGAAAUUAUUGAAUUACAAGAAGCUAAUGUGGAGGAAAGUGAGGCUGAUCGUCGCAAGCCUCUAAAUGCUGAAACAAGACAGGAGAGAGAUCCCUGGAAAUCAUGCAGGAAUGUAGUUUUUUGGAAGUGUGAACUAUGGAUGGUUAUAGCUACAAUUUUUCUAGUAUUCUUCCUGGUCAUUCUCAUCAGCCUAAUUCUUUAUUCUAAUGUUUACAUAGAUGAAGAUGACUAUUGGGACCCUGAUGCACUACUAAACAGUGGAAAUUGUCGCAAUUUUUCAGGAACGUUGAAGUUAAUGUGUGGUCUGCCACACCUUUUCUCAGAAAACAUUACUAAAAGGUUAACAGAUGUCUACAGUUCAUCUCCAGCUCUAGGACGCUACUUUAGAUCAGCUCGGGUGCUUUAUUCCAGUAAUGAAAACUCCACUGUAUUUUAUCAGCUAGAGUUUUCUGUACCACCAUCAACAGAGGGGUUUAUGGAAAACACAAUGAACCCAGAUUUUAUAAGGAACGUUUUACGUCAAAAUAUUUAUGAUGAAGAUGAUACUUUUAAUCCUGGGACAUCUGAAUGUGACAGGUUAAAGCUUGACCCGACUUCUCUCACAUUAACAUGUAAGUGCUGUACAUUAGAGACUUGUUUCUUUACAAAGAGCAGAAGUAUUCACUUGAAAGGAGGGAAAUCUUUCUGGAAAGAUGUUGAGAUUUGUUAG